AUGACAGGUCAUAUGAAGGUCCUUAUGAAAUUCACAAAUGACCCCAUAAUGCAUAUGAGGGACUCAGUAGCUCCGAUAAUAGUAAUUUCUAGGAAUUUCAAGGUAUCUAUUGCGGACCGAGCAUCCUGGAGCACAGGAAACCCCUACACCAAACCCGGAGCUGAAGUUUGGUACACUGACGGAUCAAAACUUGAAGAUGGAAAAACUGGAACUGGUAUAUUUGGGCCGAAUUGUAAAAGAUCGAUACCAAUGGGCAGCUACCCCACCAUUUUCCAAGCAGAGAUUCAUGCGAUCGAUAUCUGUGGCAGAGAAUGCCUCAGAAGAGGCACAUCCUCUAAAAACAUCUGCAUUAUGUCGGACAGUCAGGCUGCCUUGCUAGCACUGAGGUCCCACAUAAUAACAUCCAAACUAGUGAACGACUGCCUCAACACCCUAAACGGUCUUGAAAGCAAGAACACAGUAUUACUGGGCUGGGUGCCGGGGCACGAGGGCCAUGACGGCAAUGAACAGGCGGACCGCCUAGCAAAACACGGAGCCACCACACUAUUCCAUGGCCCGGAACCCUUCUGCGGGCUCACCAAAGCCCACUUAAGGGAGGUCAUAAACAAAUUGUCCUUAAAUGAAAUUAUUUCACAACUAGAAGAAGAUGACGAUGUAUUGUCCGCAGAUAUAUACAUAACGCCCCCGGAAAACAACGAUAAGAGCGACGAAGAUAGCGGCGAUGAGGAAUCUGCUAAUAUAAACAAUUUGUCAAGACGCCAGCUAUUAGCGGAAGCUGAAUUUCGAGCGACAGUAUCAUCUCAUAAUGAAUUAGGCACAGUUGAAGACCUUCUGAAUGACUCAGUCGUAGAUGAAACUAAUGAAACACCCAGGACAUCCGCAACGUUAGCUCCUCCAUUAAAAAAAAGAUGCCUAACUAAAAGAAAGUGGACGCACACAGAUAUUCCAGAGAAACUAGAAAAGGUCUCAGAGCCACCUAAUUUUCUAGAGGAUCUUGACAAUCCUUUACAGUUUUUCGAACUUUUUUUUGAUACAGAAGUUUUUGAACUCAUUCGCUCUGAAACUGAAAAAAAUGCCAUUCAGAAGGGAAAUCAUAAUUUUAGAGUUACCACUGAAGAAAUAAAGCGUUUUAUUGGCAUUCUAUUGCUAUCGGGUUAUAACCAUGUUGCCAGAUACCGAAUGUACUGGGAGCAAAGCGUCGAUUGCAAUUUUCAUGGUGUAGCUUCUGCUAUGUCUCGAAAUAGAUUUGAGGAACUGUUGCGAUAUUUUCACGUUUCUGACAAUAAUAAUCUGGAUAAAGAAGAUAAGUUUUCCAAGGUUCGUCCUUUAUGGGAUCUAUGUAACGAAAGAUGGGUGAAAUAUUUUCCCGGCGAUAAAAACUUGAGCAUUGACGAGUCAAUGAUCCCAUAUUAUGGAAAGCAUGGAGCAAAGCAACAUAUUCAAGGAAAGCCAAUUCGAUUCGGUUAUAAAAACUGGUCUAUAUGCACUCGACUUGGUUAUUUGAUUUACGGAGAGCUUUAUCAAGGAGCGAAGACGGGAAAUACCCGCCCAGAACUAGGUGUUGGUGCUUCUGUAGUUUUAGAUCUUAUAUCAAAACUUCCGCCUGGAUCUUACAGUUUUUAUAUGGAUAAUUAUUUUACUUCUUUACCUCUGUUGGAUGAAAUAAUUAAAUUAGGACACGAUGCGACAGGAACAAUUAGAGCAAAUAGAGUAGAAAAAGCGCCAUUAAAAGACCCAAAAACCAUGAAGAGGACGAUAAGAGGAUCUUACAAUCAAUGCACAGAUACUUUGUCGAAUAUUACCCUCGUUCGAUAUAAUGACAAUAAUAUUGUUACUGUAGCGUCGACACAAUCCGGCGUGGAGCCUAUUGGAAAAGUCAAGCGUUAUUGUGAGAAGCAAAAAAAGGAUAUUGAUCAACCUCGAUGUAUCAUAAAUUACAAUAAGUACAUGGGCGGCGUGGAUCGUUUGGACCAAAAUGUGGGAUGCUACCGGAUUUCUAUACGUUUGAAAAGAUGGUAUUGGCAACUACUAAUGUUUCCAAUAAAUGUUUGUGUCAACAACGCUUACCAAUUAUACAGUAACCUCACCCUCGACUACGAAAAAUUUGUUGCCAAGAUCUUCCCUGGCGGUCAUCAAACGAGUUCCAACUAG